GUCAUUGUCAUUGCUAAUGUCAUCUUACAACUGAAUCCUGUCUGUUGUUUUGAUUUUAUUGAUUGUUGUAAACUGUAUAUGAAGGCCUUUUUGUGCAGUAGCACAUUUUUCUGAAUGCUUCAUUGAGCACCAAUAGUGGUGUGAUACUGUAAGAGACAAAUCAGAAGUCGCCACGCAAUGACUUCGGCGUCGUCGAGUAGCGCUCGCUCACUGUUCGCCGAAUCAAAGCAAAGACUAGCUGAGAGAGUGCAAGUCAAUAUGAAUAAUAUUUCGUCUUUGGCCCGGCAAAUACAAAGAGGAUCUAAGUCCAAUGAGUUACUAUCCAAAGCAGCUCGAGACAUGGCUUCAACGGAGCAUCAGAUAGAAACCAGUGAAGAGAAUCUAAAGAAGAUGCAAUUAAUUGGCGUCCACAUGGGGUACCAGUUUGAGAACAUACAGAAGUCUGCACAAUUGCUCACUGAGAUCGGAGAGAAAGUUAAUGCUAUGCAAAGAUGAUAGAUGUAGUUUAGUUUAUUAGUAUACCUAGCUCAAUUAUUCCCAGUUCAUAUACUUUAAAAGAAGUAUGUAAUUAAAAAAAAGUUAUGUUCUGAAAUAAUUAUUUUUGUUUAUUGCUGUCCCCAUGGUGAACAAGAUGUAUUUUGAACUUUAGCUCAAUAUUUCAACCCUGCAAAAUAUACAGUAUGUUUUUAAAUGAUCAACAUAUAGGUUGGAUAUAUAAAGUAUAGGUCAGAGAGCUUGAUAUUUGUAAAAAAUCUGCAUCCUUAGGCUACCUAAAAUGUAAAGUGAUAUGUUUAAAUUUCCAUUUCCAUUGAUUUAUUAAGGCUUUGUGUUGGCAUGUUAGCUGACUGUUCCAUUAGUGACAUUUUGUUUAAAUAAAAUUAAUUUGGUUUUGAGUUUGUAUAAUUGUUUAUAAUAAGUUGUAUAUAAAUAAAUUAUAGUAAAUAAUA